AUGAAGUUCUUCGCCACCGUCGCUCUCCUAGCCACUGCUGUGGCCGCCGCCCCAUCCGCAAAGCUCUUCAACCUGAAGACCUCCGGCGCCAGCAACAGCUCCCACAACGACCUGUUCCUCUCCGUCGGUCACGGCCUGAUCAGCGACCCGCUCAACAGCGAAGCCGUCUUCUCCGGUGCCCCGGCCAGCCGCGCCGCCGCCUUCUCCUUCGUCAACGGCACCAUCGUCUUGGAUACUGAGACUAAGGCCCCCUGGGCUCUGGACCUGAUCAACGUGGAAGGCGUCCGCAAGGAGCGUGCUCAGAUCAGCAUCAACCCUACUCGUGGCUCUAAGGGCUUCUCUAUCGGCCGCCAAGGCGUCCAGGGACCCAGUGAGACCUGGGACGGAUGGCUGUGGUGCCCCGCCGAUAUGGAGGCCGGCCAGUUGUUCCCCAACUUGCACUUCCUCAGUAAGACUAUUCAGGAGCCUGCUCUGCCCGCUGGAUGUGACAAGAUUCAGCUCAAUGCUGUUCCCAAGAGCUCUGCUUAG